UACGCGUCCUUGGCAGAAAUUGAAGCAGCUCCACCCACUGCUGAACUAGAGCCUAUACGUUCUGAUUAUAGUCAGCUGGAUGAAGUGGACAUGGGAAUGACAUAUGAGGAACUCUCAGUCUAUGGAAGGCUGCGGAAAAUUUUCCGCUGUGGUCCCAUAUCUAUGUUCAAGAACCUCUGCUACAGAUGGGGUGCAAAAUUGACUCCACAAGAGGUGGCUGACAAAGUGAAGCACUUUUUCAAGUACUACUCCAUUAAUCGACACAAAAUGACUGUAUUAACACCUUCGUAUCACGCCGAGAGUUAUUCGCCAGAGGAUAAUCGGUUCGACCUUCGCCAGUUUUUAUACAAUGCUAGAUGGCCAUACCAGUUCCGAAAGAUUGAUGAUCUUGUGCGUGAGUUAGAUGGUGACAGGGUUCAUUUAGGAGAAUCAAGUGAGCUAGACAAGUUGCGUGACGCUUCACAAGGUGGAGGUGGGAUGGGAGUUGUGGCAGCAGGCUCAGGCAAUCCAAAUGUUGGACUCUAGGGUUUUCUCUCUUUCAUUUUAAUUUUUUUCCUUCGUCAUUGAAAGAAAACAGAUAAGCUAUUGAUUGCAAGGAUGCCUAUUUUUUCAAAUGUGCAUGUUUUUCCGUCAAGGGAUCACUUGUUCAUAUUCUCUCCAAUACAAUGGGUCUGGUGACUGACUGGUCUGUACAUACAUAAAUGUUAUUACGUACCGUGCUACAAGAGGAGACAUAUUAUAUACGUUUAUAGGAGGCUAGCUAUUAUACAUUUAGACUGCAACAAGAUCACACAAAUUUUA